AUGGCGGCAGAGCCAUCAUUAUCAUAUCUCGUCGUUGGUGCUGGAGUGUUUGGCGCCUUGACUGCUCAUCAGCUGGCUAAAAAGUACCCGGGCAGCUCUAUCAGUCUCAUUGACCGAGCACCGUACCCCUGUCCGCUGGGUGCGUCCUGGGACUGGAACAAAAUCAUUCGAGCUGAUUAUGGAGACUUGUUCUAUAUGAAGAAAGCUCUGGAUGCCAUUGAUAUGUGGCGGAACGAUCCUCUAUACCAUCCAUUCUAUCACCAAAGUGGGCUGGUCAACAACAUCAACAAUACAGGAUUGGGACAGCGAAUGAUAGAUAAUUACAAGAACUUGUACAUCGCAGUAGAUCCUAGACUCGUCUCCGUACAAGAUUUUUAG